AUGAACCAUGCUAGACGCAAGCCGCGUGUGGAAGACAAGGGAAAAGCUGUUGGGAGACUGGAAAUCCCAGACGAAGAGCGUGCAAAUCUCAAACGUGGACCAAAAGUCCUUGAUACUGAAGAAUCCGUUGUAUUUACCAGGGAUUACGUGCAAACACUGAUCGAUGGAGCCAAUGUACAAGCUGUCUCAAUAUCUUCCAUUACCCAGAGCUCGACUGGCGUUGUCGACGAGCCGCCUCCACCUUUCACUGAACACGCGGAGCCGCCAUCCCUCACUGAUGAACUUGACUUGGCGAAGAUGAAACUGACAUCAGAAGGCCAAGCUCAAACGGAUAUUCCAGAUACUGAAGACAUCAUCUCUCUUGCCGAAACCGACCUGCCGUCGACAUCCAUCGCGGAUGACCCAGCAGAACUCGGAACCAAUGUAGGACUCUGGUCACCUCUGAAGGAGGACGACUCGACAUUGUGGCUUCCCAUUUCGACAUCAAAUUCUUUAGAAACUCAAAAACAGAUAGAUGCUACCUGCUAUACCGCCAUUCACCAAAAUCCUCUCUGA